CUUCCAGUAACUAAACCAACUGUGAUUUCUCAUCUGGAGAGACAUGAAGACCCCUGGCUUUCAAGGGAAGAAGACCCCAGGUGCAUUUCUGAGGAUUCAGAAUGUGAAACCAAUGACUCGGCUUCAGCACCAGCACAAUGUAUUUCCACAAGAAAGCCAUUCACAAAGAGACUCAAAAAGCAUGGUUUCUGUGAUUCCAAAUUGGGAGAAGCUUGGAAUUAUGACACUGGAUUAGAAAGGCAGAUAAAUAAUCUGGAAAAACAGCUAAUAGUGAAACAAAGAAAAACUAAUAAGUUCAGUGUUCCAUAUUUUUUUCAAUUUGGAAAAAAAAUCAGUCCAGUUCCCCUUCCAAAACUGAAAGUUUCUACAGGAAAAUGUUUUCAUAAUCAUUGUAGAAUUGGAACGUGUUUCAAAUGGUCUACACACUUAAUUAAACAUAAGAGAAUCUCCAUGGUGAAGAAACUCUGUAAGUUUAAUAAUUACAAGAAUUCUUUCAGUUGCCACUCAAAACUUAAUCAUUACCAUAGAAUGUGUUCUCAAGGAGAAUCCCACAGAAUAAAUGAAUGUCUCAGAAGCUUCCACAUCAAUUCAUGUCUUACUGAACAUGGAGGAAUUUGUAGUGGAGAGAAAUGUCAUCAGUUUGGGGAAUGUGGGAAGACUUCCAGCUACAAUCCAUAUCAUACAAUUCAUUUGAAAAAUCUUCAGGAAGAAAAGCCUUUUAAACAAAAUAAAAAAGGUAGGAAAGCUUUUCAUCAGAGGCGAUAUCUUGGUCAACAUAAGAGAAUUCCUACUGAAGAAAAACCUUAUCAAUGUAAUGAAUGUGGAAAGGCCUUCACCCUUAAGGGAAAUCUUAAUUCACAUAAGAGAAUUCAUACUGGAGAAAAACCUUAUAAAUGUACUGAAUGUGGCAAAGCCUUCAGGCAGAAUAGAAGCCUUAAAUCACAUAAGAAAAACCAUACAGAUGAGCAACCUUAUAAAUGUAAUGAAUGUGGAAAAGCCUUCACCCUUAAGGGAAACCUUAAUUCACAUAAGAGAAUUCAUACUGGAGAAAAACCCUAUAAAUGUAAUGAAUGUGGAAAAGCUUUCAGGCAGAAUAGAAGCCUUAAAUCACAUAAGAAAAAUCAUACUGAAGAGAAAACUUAUAAAUGUAAUGAAUGUGGAAAAGUCUUCAACCUUAAAGGAAACCUUAAUUCACAUAAGAGUAUUCAUACUGGAGAAAAACCCUAUAAAUGUAAUGAAUGUGGAAAAGCCUUCAGGGAUAAGGGAUAUCUUAAUAAACACAAGACAAUUCAUACUGAAGAGAAACGGUAUAAAUGUAAUGAGUGUGGAAAAGGCUUCAACUUUAAGAUAGGCCUUUCUUUACAUGAGGGAAUUCAUACUGGGGAAAAACCCUAUAAGUGUAAUGAAUGUGGAAAAGUCUUCAGGCAUAAGGGACAUCUUAGGAAACAUGAGAGAAUCCAUACUGGUGAGAAACCUUAUAAAUGUAGUGAGUGUGGAAAAGGCUUCAGCCUUAAGGAAUACCUUAAUAAACAUAAGAAAAUUCAUACUACAGCAAAACCCUAUAACUGUAAUGAAUGUGGAAAAGUCUUCAGCCUUAAGGAUCACCUUAAUAUACAUAAGAAAAUUCAUACUGGAGUGAAACCCUAUAAAUGUAAUGAAUGUGGAAAAGCCUUCAUGCGUAAGGGACACCUAAAUAAACACAAGAAAAUUCAUACUGGAUUGAAACCCUAUACAUGUAAUGAAUGUGGAAAAGGUUUUAGCUGUAAUGAAGGACUUAAUACACAUAAGAAAAUUCAUGCUGGUGUGAAACCCUAUCAGUGUAACGAUUGUGGAAAAACCUUCGGCCUUAAGGGAUAUCUUAAUAAACAUAAAAGAAUUCAUACUGGAGAGAAAUCCUUUGAAUGUCCUGAUGUUGGAGAAGCCUGUAGUUGAAGUCCAAACUUCCACAAAUAAAAAAUGAAUGUUAGAAAACUUUUUUGUACAGCUCAAACCUUAAGAAAUAUCAGACAUUUCAUAAUGGAGAGAAGUCAUCUACAUGUAAAGAAUGUGAGGAUGUUUUCAACCAGCAGCAACACUUAAGGAAUCCAGUAGAAGUCUUACUGGAUAUGAUGUUUUAAAAUCUAUUCGUUUUACAUGAAAAUAAUUUCACAGGGUCAAGCUAAUGUAAUACAUUAGGCAGUCUUACUGACUAAACAAUUGUGUUGUGGGGAACAAAGUCUUUUAUAGCUUGGGAAAUGGAGGAGCAGAAGACAGAACUUAGUGAGGAGUGGAUUGAGGUGUUAAAACUGUCUGCCCUGUUAAUUGAAAGAUGCUAACAAGACAAUCUCAGAUAUUAGACACAUAGAUUACAAAGCUAAGUAAUUUUACAUCAUUCUAUGCAAACAAGAUUGGAUGGGUUGGUUUUUUUUCCAUUAUUCUGAUAAUGGGGACCAAAUUAACUCAAUAAUAAUAGCCAAUAUUUAUGAUGUGAAAUUUAACUAUCUCAGUCUCUGUAUCUCUCAGUGUUUUUCUCUUUCCCCUCCCUCUUACUCCUAAAUAUUUCUCAUUCCUUGAUAUUUUUUGCCUCUCUCCCCAAAUCACUUCCUUCGUUUAGGUUACCCUGUACUUGCUUCUCUUAAAUGUUUCCUAUCAUCCCUGGUAGAUUGUGAACUCACUGAGGCAGACCUGUCUCACCUUCAUAUCUGUACUGUUAACACCAGGCAUAGUUUUUGCCACAUAGAAUUUAAUAAAGGUAUACUGAUUUUUUGAUUUUUUUUUCCAGACUCCAUUUUAUAUUUUCAGACCUUGAAUGCUGCUUCUAAUUCUCUGCCUUCCUAAUGCAUCUCCUCUUAGACUUGGCCAUCUCAGAGAACUCUGAUGACACAAGAUCACUUAACAAGAUAAGCAUGUGUGAUGACCGUGCUAGCAUCCAGGAUACCUUAGAAUCAGCCUGAGUCAAGAUAAACAAAAGUCCUUAGUCUUUAUUCUUGGUCUUUAGGGAUAGAAGUGAAGGGGAUGGAAGCAGGAUCUCCGCAGCUUUCUUCCUUGUUCACCACCAAAGUGACCUUGGCUAGUCUUACUCCACCCCCUAGUUCCUCCUACAAUCCUCUGUAUACAGCAAUCAUCAAGCCAGCACAGGAUAGUGGGAAGGGCCGUUUUCCAAGCAUAUGUCCAUAGAAUAUUGUCCAAUCAGUAAUUAGCCUCAAAUGCUCAGCUGUCCUGACCUCAGUGCAUCGACUCAAGAGUUUCAGCUUUCUAUAAGCAUAUAUCCUAUUUACAACCUAACAGGCAAGUGGUCACCAGUCUUUAAAUUCUGUUGUGGCUGUCCAGUCAUUUCCAUCUCUUAAUAACAUCAUUUAGAACAUUCUUAGCAAAGAUAUUAGCCAUGUUUUCCUCCAGCUUCUUUUAAAGAUGAGAAAACUGAAACAAGAUGGCUUAAGCGACUUGCUUGGGAUCACACAGCUAGUAAGUGUGUGAGGCUAGAUUUGAACUCAGGAAGAUGAUUUCACGCCCAGUGCUCUAUCUACGUUGCAAUCUAGCAGGCCAAAAGGUCUGUUGUGGAAAAAGCAAUCUGAGCAGGGUUUUAUAUUUCUGGAGAGCUUAAAUUUUACAAUAAUUUAUUCCUUACAUGAAGUAAGAAAAAGAUCUUCCUUUUUAUAAUCACCAUGUCAUUCUGGGACUUCUGGUUCCUCCUAGUUCUCCAUUCUAGAAAUAAGAACAAACAUGAUUUCUUUCUUUAUGUGACAGGCCUUCAAAUCCCAGCAUAGUUUCUUCUGCUCCAACAUUUUGUUUAGGUAGGAUGUCCUGGAUUUCUUCAACCAGUUCCUGCCACGCUAGUGGCCCUGUGUAGCUACUCUGAGAUCAAGUACAAAUUCCUCUGCCUGGCAGACAGAAGCCCUUCACAUUCUUGAAUCAAUUGAGCUCCAGGCUUAUUAAACAUUUUGAGUUCCAUAUCCCAGGUAGAAUGGCUUUCUUCACCUUCCCACAUAUAACAUUCCAUCAUGUAUCUCCAGGAAUUUGAAUCCUGCCUGAAAGGUUCACUCAAUGAAAGCUCUUUUAAUUUAAAGCUCUGUGUUGACAUCAGGGAGAGUCAAGAACCCCCUGAAGAAGUCCUUAGGUCGACACAAAUCUCCAGGGUAGGGACCUAGGACAUUCUGGAUCUUCUAUGUUUAAAAAAAAAAAAAAAAGACAACCUAAGAGUUCUUGUGCAAGGAACUUACUUAUGGGGGAAGACAUUACACAAAAGGAAGCUGAAAAGCAAGAAGGAAGGUAUCAGUCAUCCUGAACACCCAACAGAAUUGUAGAUGGAAAGGAAAGAGUUUAGUUAGCCCUCCAUAUAAAGUAUAGGUUCAUCAGGAGUUUAGUGGUCCACCAUCCAGCUCUCCAAUUCGAGGGGAAAUGAGGGAGAUAAAAUGUUUAGUCUGGGAAAAGAUGCUGGAGCAGUCAGCCAUUUCUUCUUCAGUCUGUUUUACCAUGAGGAAACUGAGGAAUACUGGUGAAGUGACUUGUCCAGGGUAACCUAACUAGAAAGUGUCUAAGGCCAGAUUAGAAUUCAGGAAAAUAAGUCUUCCUGUCUUCUGAGCAGGGAAUUUAGAGAGUAGGAAAGUGAGGAUGUUUGUAUAAUUCUGAUGUUAUUUGGAUUAUUCAGAAGAGUGACAGAUAAUAAAUAUAUUUGACAGUAACAAUAUUUCUGUCACCAGGCAUACAGUCAGUGCCUAAUGUUUGAGUGUUGCUUACAUCUGACUCCAUCUCUUUGCGGGUCUGCAUUUAUUCCUCCUGAGUUUUGGAGAUUCCGAGGGUUAUCAUAGCUGGGCUGUGAUGGCCAGGUCUCCCACACAUAUAUUGAAACACUGCCUCCGCUUCCACACAUGUAAGAAGCUGGGCAGAGGCCCGGCCCCUGAGAUCCGCUCCAGCUCUGGACCUGAUCUAGAUCACUCCUGCAAUGCACUUUGCCGGUAAAGCCAUUAUACACAUGCGCACUAGGAGCGGAGCGUCCCAUGACGUCACUCUGCCGGACUGAGAGUGAGACCCUGAACACGGCUAGAAGCUCCAGAAAUAGCUGCGCAUGAAUUGGGUGUUUAUCUAGGAAACAUUUUACAGCCACUUCUCCGUGUCCGGCUUUUCCCCUCCCAUCCAGCUCCCAGCAGAAGAAGCGCCCAUAGGGCAGGGACCUUCUGGGUCAGCAUUCUGCCAUGAACCCUGACGUCCGCCGCCAGGCGCUUAACCACACUCUGAGUUCGCCAUCCGCCAGACUACAUUUCCCAGAAGGCAGGAGAGAACUCUCGGAUUCCGACGGAUGCCGGCAAGGACCACGCUACCUGAGCAGGCGCAGUGGGGAGAUGUCUACUUCCACCCUUUUCUACUUAGGAAGAGCUUGUGCAAAGUUUCCAGGCUGGCGGGGAGACAAGAUUUGGGAAAGGUCUGAAUCUCAAGGAAACACUGGAGAAGGAAUGAUUUUGGAAGGCCAUGAAGAGGAAGAUCCUGUUUCAGAAUUUCUUGACAUUCCAAGAUGUUGCUGUGGAAUUCACCCAGGAGGAAUGGAGCUAUUUGGAUCCUGGCCAGAAGGACAUGUACAGGGACGUGAUGCUGGAGAAUUAUGAGAACUUUGUCUCUCUUGGGCUUCCAGUAACUAAACCAGCUGUGAUUUCUCAUCUGGAGAGACACGAGGCCCCCUGGAUAUCAAGGGAAGAAGACCCCAGAUGCAUUUCUGAGCAUUCUCCUUUUGUGAAAACAAAAUGUGAAACCAAGGACUCCACUUCAGCUCCAAAGCAAUGUUUUUCCACAAAAGAGCCAUUCACAAAGAGAUUCAAAAAACAUGGUUUCUGGGAUUCCAGAUUGGGAGAAGCUUGGAAUUAUGACUCUGGAUUAGAAAGGCAGACAAACAAUCUGGAAGGACAGUUAAUAGUGAAACAUAGAAAAAGUCAGAAGUUUAGUGUUCCACAUUUUUUUCAAUUUGGGAAAAAACUCAGUUUCAGUUCAGUUCUCCUUCCAAAACAGAGAGUUUCUACAGGAAAAUGGUUUCAUAAUCAUUUUCGAAUUAGAAAGUGCUUCAAAUGGUAUACAGACUUAAUUAAACGUAAGAGAAUUUCCAUGGUGAAGAAACUGUGUAAGUUCAAUAAAUACAAGAAUUCUUACCACUCAAAACUUGAUAAUUCUCAUAGAGUGCUUACUGAACAUGGAAGAAUUCAUGCUGGGGAGAAAUAUAAAUUUGGGGAAUGUGGGAAGACUUCCAGCUACAAUCCAUAUCAUACUAUUCAUUUGAAAAAUCUUCAGGAAAAAAAGCCUUUUAAACAAAUUAAAAAAGGACUGAAAACUUUUAGCCAGAGGGGAUAUCUUGAUCAAAAGAGAAUACCUACUGAAGAGAAACCUUAUAAAUGUAAUGAAUGUGAAAAAUCUUUCGCCCUUAAGGGAAACCUUAAUUCACAUAAGAGAAUUCAUACUGGAGAAAAACCCUUUAAAUGUACUGAAUGUGGAAAAGCCUUCAGGCAGAAGGGAGGCCUUAAUUCACAUAAGAGAAUUCAUACUGGAGAGAAACCCUAUAAAUGUAAUGAAUGUGGAAAAGCGUUCAGCUGUAAGAAAGGCCUUGAUGUACAUGAGAGAAUUCAUACUGGUGAGAAACGUUAUAAAUGUAAUGAAUGUGGAAAAGCAUUCAUUCAUAAGGGAGGCCUUAAUAAACAUGAGCGAAUUCAUACUGGAGAAAAACCCUAUACUUGUACUGAAUGUGGAAGAGCCUUCAGGCAGAAGGGAGGCCUUAAUUCACAUCAGAAAAUACAUACUGGAGAGAAACCCUACAAAUGUAAAGAAUGUGGAAAAGCCUUCAAAGAGAAGAGGGGCCUUGAUAGACAUAAAAAAAUUCACACUGGAGUGAAACCCCAUAUAUGUAAUUUAUGUGAAAAAUCCUUCAGCCUUAAGGACCACCUUAGUAGACAUAAAAAAAUUCAUACUGGAGCAAAACCUCAUGUAUGUAAGGAAUGUGGAAAAGCCUUCAGCUGUAAUGAAGGCAUAAAUAGACAUAAGACAAUUCAUACUGAAGAGAAACACUAUAAAUGUAAUGAAUGUGGAAAAGGCUUCAAUUUUAAGAUAAGCCUUUCUUUACAUGAGAGAAUUCAUACUGGAGAGAAACCCUAUAAGUGUAAUGACUGUGGAAAAGACUUUAGGCAUAAGGGAGAUCUUAGGAAACAUGAGAGAAUUCAUACUGGUGAGAAACCCUAUAAAUGUAGUGAGUGUGGAAAAGUCUUCAGUCUUAAGGAAUACCUUAAUAGACACAAGAGAAUUCAUACUGGAGUGAAACCCCAUAAAUGUAAUGAAUGUGGAAAAGUCUUCAGCCUUAAGGAGCACCUUAAUAGACAUAAGAAAAUUCAUACUGGUGUGAAAUCUUAUAAAUGUAAUGAAUGUGGAAAAGCCUUCAGGCUUAAUGGACAUCUAAAUAGACAUAAGAAAAUUCAUACUGGAGUAAAACCAUAUACAUGUAAUGAAUGUGGAAAAGCAUUUAGGUGUAAUGAAGGCCUUAAUACACAUAAGCAAAUUCAUACUGGAGUGAAACCCUAUCAAUGUAAUGAAUGUGGAAAAUCCUUCGGCCUUAAGGGAUACCUUAAUAAACAUAAAAGAAUUCAUACUGGAGAGAAAUCAUGUGAAGGUCCUGAUGUUGGAAAAGCCUGUAGUUGAAGUCCAAUUUUCACCAAAUAAGAAAUGAGAACCCAUUUGAAUGUAAUAAAUAUUGGAAAACUUUUUUGUACAGCUCAAACUUUAAGAAAUAUCAGAUGUUACAUAAUGGAGAGAAGUCAUUUACAUGUAAAGACUGAGAAUGUUUUCAACCAGCAGCAACACUUAAGAGAUCCAGUAGAAGUCUUACUGGAUAUGACAUUUUAAAAUGCUGUUUAUUUUACAUGAAAAUAACUUCACAGGGUCAAGCUAAUGUAACACAUUAGGCAGUCUUACUGAUAAAGUAGUUGCGCUUUGGGGAAUAAAAUAUUUUAUAGCCAGAGGAGAUGGAGGAGUAGAAGACAGUACUUAGGGAGGAGUGGAUUGAGAUGUUAAAACUGCCUAGCCUACUUUACUUUAAAGAUGCCAACUAGAGUAUCUCAGAUGUGGGAGACGGUAUGGAUUAAAAAGCCAAGUAAACUCUAACUUUACAUGAUUCUAUGCAAACUAAAUAGGAUGGUUUUUUUUUUUUCAUUAUCCUGAUAAAGGGGACCAAAUGAACUCAAUAAUAAGAGCCAGUAUUUUUGAUGUGUUCUUUAACUAUUUCAGUCUCUGUGUCUCAAUGUUUUUUUGGUUCUCCCUCCCCUCCUACUCUCCUACAUAUUUUAUUCUCUGAUUUUUUUGUGUGUGCUUCUCUUCCCAAAUCACUUCCUUUUUUUUUUUUUUAAUUAAAGCUUUUUAUUUUCUAAACAUAUGCAUGGAUAAUUUUUCAACCCUAAUCCUUGCAAAUCUUGUGUUCCAAAUAUUUCUUUCCUUCCCCUCAUACCUUCCCUUAGAUAGCAUAUUAAAAUAUAUAUAAAUUUAAUAUAUGUAUAUAUAUUUAUACAAUUAUCUUGCUGCACAAGAAAAAAAAGAUCAAAGGGGGAAAAAUGAGAAAGAAAACAAAAUGCAAGCAAAGAACCACAAAAAGAGUGAAAAUACUAUGUUGUUAUUCACACUUAGUUCCCACAGUCUUCUCUUGGUAUAGAUGGCUCUCUUCAUCACAAGAUCACUGGAACUGUUCUCAACAAUCCCAUUGUUGGAAAUAGUCAUGUUCAUCAGAAUUGAUCAUUGUAUAAUCUUGCUGUCGCCCUGUACAAUGAUCUCCUGGUUCUACUCAAUUCACUUAGCAUUAGUUCAUGUAGGUCUCUCCAGGCCUCUUCAAAAUCAUCCUGCUGAUUGUUAUAGAACAAUAAUAUUCCAUAACAUUCAUAUGCCAUAACUUAUUCAGCCACUUUCCAAUUGAUGGGCAUCCACUCAGUUUCCAGUUUCUUGUCACUACAAAACACCACAAAUAUUUUUGCAUAUGUGGUUCCUUAACCGCCUUUAAGAUCUCUUUAGGAUAUAAUCCCAGUAGAAACACUGCUGGAUCAAAGAGUAUGCACAGUGCAAGGGUUAAAAAGCAAGGAAUGCAGUUCAAGGCAUGUGGGAGGACCUGAGGGAUGAGAGGUACUGAGGUGCAGACACAUCCUAUGUGGAGAUGGGGCUUAGCUCCAGGAAGCAGUGUCUGACUCCAGGUAACACGCCUCCCUCCUUAGCGCCCUCAAAGCCUAGUACUCCUCCCUCCCUCUUCUCGGGCCAAUCACAUUAUUAUGCCAGGUUCUUAGAGGACCUCCCCCUUCCCCCAGAUCUUCAGUGGGGUAUAAAUAGAUGCUGUUUAAAAAUAAAGCUCUCUUUCACUUUGCCCCUA